UCAAAAUUUUGGAUCCGCCUGUUUCCACCUCACACCAUUCCCUUAAAAAUAAUUUCUUGAGAUUGGGACAUACAAGAAAAGACAAACCAGAAGAAUACUCUUUGAGGGGACCCCAUAUAAAAAAGAUUCCAAACAAACUCAUGUCAUGAAACUAACCUCCACAAUCUUAAAGAGCCUUAUACAAACAAAAUAAGAAGGACAAUUAUUCAUGUCCUUUUGAUAAGUCUUCAACUCUUUGCAAUUUUCAAAACUUUACUCUCUUUUCAUAAAUCAUUUUGGUUACAUACGUGAUGUCGAAUUCAGAUAGAAGUAGUAACCAUCUUGCGGUUCAUCCAAGUAUGCUAGUCAUAGCAAUCCUUCAAUUUCUACUCUUAAAUAUUGUUAAGGUCAAUGGCUCUCCAUUUCAAGAUUUGCCAUCUUCACAAGAUGAAUCCAACAAUUUCAGGCCAAGUAUUGCUGUUGUUAUUGGUGUCCUCUCCAUCAUGUUUUCCUUAACAUUUCUUCUACUCCUUUACGCUAAAUUCUGUCGUAGAUCACCUCCUCCCCUUCACAACGCGAUGCAAAUUCAUCAAAAUGGACUAACAACCCUUCCAAUUGGAAGAAUUUCCUCAGGUAUCGAUAAAACUGUCAUCGAAUCACUCCCCUUUUUCAGGUUCUCAUUGCUUAAAGGCUCGAAAAAAGGUCUCGAAUGUGCUGUUUGUUUGUCAAGCUUCGAAGAUGUUGAAGUCCUUCGAUUGCUCCCAAAGUGCAAACACGCAUUUCACAUCAAUUGUAUUGAUCAAUGGCUCGAAAAACAUUCGAGUUGUCCUCUUUGUAGACACAAAAUCAGUGCUGAGGACAAUUCAUUGUUGACAUAUUCAAAUAGUUUUCGGUUCUUGAGGAAUCAAUCUGAGCUAAGAGAGGAUUCCAAUUUGGAACUUUAUGUACAAAGAGAAGCAAAUGGUUGUAACAGAUCAUCAAGAUUCAGUAUUGGCAGCAUAAGUUUCAAGAAAUCUGAAAAGGGUGUUAGAGAAGACGAAAUACUAAUUCAAGAAAACGACGUUUUUGAUCAAACAGAGGAACAACAAAACAGAAUUCUACACAAGUUCAAUCAUAAGAUUAUUGUGUCUGAUGUUGUUUUAAAACAUCGAUGGAGCAACGUUAGUUCAUCUGAUUUUAUGCUCUUGAAUAGUGAAAUGAUUAAUGACACGACGAGCAACAGAUUCUCAUACUUGGAAUCAAGAACCAAUUUAGAAAGUACAUCAAAAGUGUUGAGGCAAAAUGAGAAGAGAUCCAUGUCUGAGAUUUUGAUUUGUCCAAGAUUUGAUGAUUUUAGUACUAGGAGUUGUAAUAGAGAGAGUUCUUGUGUUGUACCAAAUAAUGUGAAGGAUGAAAAAAGGAGGAAUCUUUGGCUACCAAUUGCAAGAAGAACAGUUCAAUGGUUUGCAAAUAGAGAAAAAAGGUAUGCAGCACAGCCAGAAUAUACAAGACAAUCAUUCAAUGUAUAGUCAUUAUCAUAGCUAUAUUUGCAUAAUUGGUAAGUCAAAGAAUUUGAGUUACAUUAAGAUAGAUGAGAAAAAAAUCAUCCAGCUAUGUAUGAUUGUUGUGUUCAAAAUAUGUAAACGCGUUGAGAUUUUUAUUUUUCUUUUUAUGGAUCUUAACAUCUUUAGCCAGCCAACUAAGUUUUUUUUUUUUUUUAGCCGCCUAACUGUAGUAUCUUGUAGCAGUC